AGGUGCCUAGUGCCUGAGCGGCACGGGCGAGAGUAAGAAGGGUGGCAAGAUGGCGGACGUACUGGAUCUUCAUGAGGCCGGGGGCGAGGAUUUCGCCAUGGAUGAGGAUGGGGACGAGAGCAUCCACAAACUGAAAGAAAAGGCGAAGAAACGGAAGGGCCGCGGCUUUGGCUCCGAAGAAGGGUCUCGAGCGCGGAUGCGUGAGGAUUAUGACAGCGUGGAGCAGGAUGGCGAUGAACCCGGACCACAGCGCUCUGUUGAAGGUUGGAUUCUGUUUGUCACCGGAGUACACGAGGAGGCCACUGAAGAAGAUAUCCAUGACAAAUUUGCAGAGUAUGGAGAAAUAAAAAACAUCCACCUCAACCUGGACAGGCGUACAGGAUACCUGAAGGGGUAUACUCUAGUUGAGUAUGAAACAUACAAGGAGGCCCAGGCUGCUAUGGAGGGACUCAAUGGCCAGGAUUUGAUGGGACAGCCGAUCAGUGUGGAUUGGUGUUUUGUUCGGGGUCCACCCAAGGGCAAGAGGAGAGGUGGCCGAAGACGCAGCAGGAGUCCAGACCGGAGGCGGCGCUGACUCUGUCAUCCGGGUGUUCUCUCUGGAAAUUCUUUUUGACCAUGCAGCCUUGGAGAAGUAGGGCUGGGGUGGAACUCGCCAGGUUUUUCGCCGUGUUUAUAUUUAACUCUCGCUCUACUUGCUUAGUGGGUUGUGUUUUUUUGGUUUUUUUUUUGAGUUAUGAAUAAAUGUCCCAUUUUUGUUUUGUACAUUUAAAUUAUUUUCCUGUUCUAACAUUGCAAGCUCUGAAGCACUAGUUAUGGUAAAGCAGUGUGAGUCACUGUGGAGAUACUUCUGGGGACUCAGUUCUGUGAUUUUUUACAUCAGAUAGAGUCUUCAAGUUUCAGCUAGGGUCAACGUAGAGAACACUGCUCAGGAUUUCUUUUUCUUGGGAAGCUAAGAGAGCAUGGGCAGAAGUGAGGUGUUCUUGUGAUAUUAAAGAAUAAUUGUUCUGUUCCUACAUACUCUGUUCUGGGCAAAUGCGUGUUAUAGGAAUGUCUCUAUUGUUUCUCCUGCCCCUGCUGCCACAUUUGUUUGUACUUCCAGCUGUCUAAGUGCUAGAGUCGCCUGCUGGGGCAUUCUCUCAGAACCUUUCUCCCUGGAGGAGUCUAUACUAAGUUCUUGGUGCCUUCUCCGGCAGCCAAGGGUAAAGGCCCCAUAGAGAAGAGGAUCCAGGGGAGCAUUGAGGAGACCAAAAAGGAAAAGGAUGUGACUGAGGCUGGGAGGGACUUCAGUUAGCAUGGUGGGAGAGAACCAGUACCACAGGCCUAGCAGGUAGUAAGGUGUCCAGCAGAGGACGAAGGUCAGCAAGACAAGUAGGGCCAGUCUCAGGGCCCGCACACGAACACGGGAGCGAUUGUCUAAGGAGCGGCGGAGGGCAAAUUCACCGGCAGAGGCUGGGAAAUUAGAAAAUAAACUAAAAUUCAGAACCACUCAGUUUCUGAGUCGAGUGUAGGGUGAAUGGAUGAGUGGCAGAGAUAGUGAGCUGGAGCUCUCCCAAUACAAGGAAGAGAAUACGGCAAAUAGGAGGUAAUGCUGUGAACCGUCUUCCCUUCCCAAACUGGGACUGUAUGCCCGCACCCCCCCCCCCCAAGGAUUAUGACAGACAUGCUGGAGAAAAGGUUUUGAUUGAGGUGUUGUGUUACAUGAAGCUAUUAAGUCUUCUUUCUCCUUACUCCUUAACCAGCUCACUCAGCCCCCGAGGAGACUCUCGGGGCUGGUUAGAGUUGAAGGCAUUUAGCAAACACUUGCAACAUCAGGUGCUAGAGAUACAGUUAUGAAAUCAUUUUUGGUGGUGAUAGCUAUCAGAUUUGUAAAUGAGACUAGAGGCCAUAGUUGUAGGGUAUGGAUUAGGGCCUGGGGAUUGGCGUCUCACCGUGGUUCCCCUUCCUUGUCUGGGACCUGGACACACUGAGGACGAUACGGCUGUAGCAGAUGGUCAUGGCAGUCAGAGGUAGCAGGAAGAGGCAGCAGAAGGUGAAGAGGUUAUAGGUGGUCUCUUGCCAUCGAGCCUUGAAGCUGCCUUUGGUGACACACUGAGUGAAGGGGACUGGGCCAGCUCGCCGGACCGUGUGGAACAGGAGCAGCUGGAGUGGAAUUUGAGGACUAUUAGAACAGGUCCCCCCAGCCCCCCUUACCACCCGUCACACUGUCUUCCCAGCAUCCUUUGUUCUCUGCAGAGCUGUGCAGUGCUGAGUACUGAAUCAUCCACGGCGCCAUAUUUAAAAGGUUCGAAACUUGCAAAUCUCUGAUCUUCCCUUGGCUGUGGAGCUAGUCAUUCGGUUUGCUAACUCCUGGGACUUCAAGAAUCUUGUCUUCUCAAGUACCGUUCUAACAUCGUACUCUGUAAAAGGGUAUUUCUACCACACCAACAUUUUUUCACUGAAGUUAUUUUUCUGCUGUGUCUAAUUCUGUGGAAAAAGAAAUUCUGUACAAAAUGGGUGCUGCUAAAAUUUCAGGCCGUUUUGCAGCCACUAGGUGAAAUGACCUUGAGUAACAGGAUUAUGUACAAUAACUAUUAACAGUGAAACCAUGCUAAGUAAUAAAAUGUAACAUUUUCCAAAUGCUA